CUCACAUUCAUUGUGACUUUCACCAACUCUCUCUCUCUCUCUCAUGGGUGCAUCUUAUUUUGUGGGAGCAGUACUGCUACUCAUAUUUCUCUUGCACAAAGGGAAUUGUGGGUGUGACUUUUACAAAGGAAGUUGGGUUCGUGAUGAGUCAUAUCCUCUCUAUGAUUCAUCAAGCUGUCCGUUCAUGGAGAAAGAUUUCGAUUGCCAAAAGAAUGGGCGUCCAGACAAACAAUAUCUCAAAUACAGAUGGCAGCCUAAUGGCUGCAACUUACCAAGAUUCGAUGGUCGAGAGUUGUUGAGGAGGCUGAGAGGAAAGAGCAUAAUCUUUGUUGGGGACUCAUUGAGCUUGAACCAAUGGUUAUCACUCAAUUGCAUGCUUCAUACAGCUGUACCAGAAGCUAAAUACACCUUAGCCAGACCGUUUGGAUCAGAUAUCUCCACAUUCACUUUCCCGGAAUACAAUGUUAAGCUAUUGCUUUACCGCCACGCGUUUCUCGUCGAUAUUGUACGGACAAGCAUGGGUCGAGUUCUGAAACUAGAUUCGAUUAAAGAAGGUGCGAAGGUAUGGACUGGAAACGACGUAUUGAUCUUCAAUUCAUGGCAUUGGUGGACUCAUACAGGAAGAAAACAACCAUGGGAUUUUAUUGGAGAAGGAAGUAAGACUUACAAAGACAUGGAUCGCUUGGUUGCAUUCGAAAAAGGUUUGAACACAUGGGCUAAAUGGGUAGACUUAAACGUGGACCCUUUGAAAACUAAGGUCUUCUUCCAAGGCGUUUCUCCAGAUCAUUCAAAUGGAAGUUUUUGGGGGCAGUCGAAUGCAAAUCUAUGUGAGGGACAAGCACAACCAGUGGCUGGUUCAAAUUAUCCAGGAGGUCCACAUCCUGCAGAACUGGUGGUUGAGAAAGUAAUAGGCACUAUGUCGAGGCUGGUCCACUUGCUGAAUGUUACAACACUAUCACAACUACGAAAAGAUGGACAUCCGUCAUUCUACUAUGGACAUGGCCACAAGGUCAUGGAUUGCAGCCAUUGGUGCCUUGCCGGAGUUCCUGAUACUUGGAAUGUACUCUUGCAUGCAGCUCUUAUUCACUAAUAAUGUUGUUUGUCAAUAAAAUGUCACACAAGGUGGCCUAUGAUUUUUUUUUUUCCC